GUUGAGGUGUGAGAUUAUUGUUGGGUGAAUGGGUGGUACUGAGUGGGGCUGAGGCCUCAGCUUCCUGAUCUGUCCACAUACCAGAUGAUGAUGAUGAUGAUACAGUAAUAAGCCAUUUAUCUUUCUCAUUCUCAUUUGUCAUUUCUUUUGGCAUCUAAUACAUACAAAUUACUUUUACUCUGUCUCAAAGAACCUGAAGACCUCCAUUUGUAAUAUAUAAACUAGAAAUGGGAGAGGAGAAAAGCAGCACAGUAUCAGUAUGGAAGACAGUGAAGCCCUUUGUGAAUGGAGGUGCCUCCGGUAUGCUUGCUACUUGUGUCAUUCAGCCCAUUGAUAUGGUCAAGGUGAGGAUUCAGUUGGGACAAGGUUCUGCAGUCCAGGUGACUAAGAACAUGCUACGUGAUGAGGGUCUUUCUACCUUUUACAAGGGUCUAUCCGCAGGUUUGCUAAGGCAAGCCACUUAUACAACUGCCCGUCUUGGAUCUUUCAGGAUUUUGACCAACAAAGCACUUGCUGCUAAUGACGGGAAGCCUCUACCCCUAUAUCAAAAGGCUUUGUGUGGUUUGAGUGCUGGUGCUAUUGGAGCAUGUAUUGGUAGCCCAGCAGACUUGGCGCUGAUCCGCAUGCAAGCUGAUGCAACCUUACCACUGGCACAACGGCGUCACUACAAAAACGCAUUCCAUGCACUUGUCCGUAUUGUUGCUGAUGAAGGGGUUUUGGCACUAUGGAAAGGAGCUGCCCCUACAAUCGUCAGAGCCAUGGCGCUUAACAUGGGUAUGCUUGCCUCCUAUGACCAAAGUGUCGAAUUUUUCCGGGAUUCCCUUGGUUUAACAGAAACUUCCACGGUGUUAGGAGCCAGUGCAGUGUCUGGUUUCUUUGCCUCGGCCUGCAGUUUGCCAUUUGAUUAUGUUAAAACACAAAUACAAAAAAUGCAACCAGAUACAGAGGGCAAGUACCCUUAUACAAGUUCAUUAGAUUGUGCCAUGAAGACCUUGAAAUCUGGGGGGCCACUCAAAUUCUAUACCGGCUUCCCUGUUUAUUGUGUUCGAAUUGCACCCCACGCUAUGUUGACCUUGAUUUUCCUCCAUCAAAUCCAGAAGUUUGAGACUUCCGUGGGACUGUAAUACCUAUGCAUUUAUGAUUGACAUGAUUGAAGGGUUGAAGGAGGGUUGAAGCGACAGUUCCAGCACUUUUGCUGUCUCAACAUUUCUGCUCCUCGGAGUUUCAAAGAUGAGACUGCCAAGUAAUUUGAAGGAAAAUAAAUAGUACUUCGUAUGAUAUAUAAUAGGAUACCUGCAGCAUGGAUCUUUCCGCAAUUCACAGUUUAGUCUUUUGCUUAUAAAUUAUAGAAUAAUCAUGUUCUGUGCUGCUUGUAACAAGGAUUGAGUCAUGACCUUCCUUUUUUCACAUUCUGACCCCUUAUUCUGGUGCUCAUUCCUCAACAAUGUACAAUCAUAUGUUGGACAACAUAGCACUUCGCCGUGUAAUAACUUUAUACUACUGCUAAAGUGCAAAACGUAUCAUUUGAAA